CCCGCAGGGAAGCUCCCUUCUGGGGUGGGAGGCCAGGCAAGCCAGGUAAUUAAUAGGCACUGACUGUACUUGAUUGAUGAUGACGAAUUGCCGGCAAGUGCCUCGAAGCUUCCAGUGACAAACAUACAUCUAUCUCACCUACUCUGAGCAAAACCAGCCAACGCUUUCUUUUGCACGCACGAUCAGAUACUCGCAUAAUUAUUUGACAUUGCAAAACUUUCCACGUCUGCAAUAGUCUUUUUUCUUGUUUCUGCAUAUCGCAACGCAUUCCCCUAAAGGGUUUUACCAGCACUUUAGUAUUCCUCCCUGUCGCUGUAGCUCCGACCUGCGAGGAGCUAGCCCCGCCGUUUAACGCCGGCAUUACCUACCGGUGAUUGUCCAUCCCAGCGUGCUUCUCUGAGAAUUGAAGUCCUGGACACUGUGACUGCACAAAAAAACAAACAGACAACGCACGGGGAGCUCAUCAGGAAAUAUUGAAAUGUCAAUUUUCAAGCUUUCCGCCCAGUUAAUAGGGCACUCCAACGAUGUCAAGUCUGUACGAUACAAGUCCAAGGAUGUUAUCAUCUCAGCGUCAAGAGACAACUCAGUCCGGAUAUGGAGGCAGACGUCGGCACCAAACACACCUCCCGCGUUCGACAGCGCCACCCUAGCCCAGUCCGGCUCCUAUGUCAACUCGCUCGCCCUCAUCCCGCCUUCAACCAACCAUCCUGACGGACUGGUGGUUACAAGUGGGCUCGACCCCGUCAUCUACGUUCACGAACCGAAACCGCUAGACCAGCAAAGCAGUGGCUACCCCAUACUUCUUCCCGGUCAUUCCAACAACGUAUGCAGCCUCGACGUUUCGCCUAAUGGCCAGUACAUAGUCUCCGGUAGCUGGGAUACCAAAGCAAAGAUUUGGGAUGUAAACAAGUGGGAUCUAGCGGCUGAGUUGGACGGCCACGACAAAUCAGUCACCGCGGUUUUGGCGCUCAAGGACUCUGCUGCAAUCACAGGAUGCGCCGACAACAUGAUUAGGGCAUAUGGCCUUGCGCGCGCAGGCUCAGCCGAGGUCCUGCAAGCUGGAAAGACAUUAGCAACAGCCGAGCCUGUACGUGCCCUUUGUCGACUUCCCCCUGGGCACGACAGCGGCGCCGAAUUCGCCAGUGCCGGCAACGACUUUGUGAUUCGCCUCUGGACCGUGAGAGGUCAACAGGUUGCCGAGCUGCAUGGCCAUGAGUCUUAUGUUUACUCGCUGGCAUGUUUGCCAUCCGGGGAGAUUGUCAGCGUUGGCGAGGACAGGACUCUUCGGAUAUGGAAAGGUCAUCAGUGUGUGCAGACCAUCGUCCAUCCAGCAGUCUCGGUCUGGGCUGUAGAUGUGUGCCCCGAGACCGGCGAUAUUGUCACGGGCGCUAGCGAUGACAUCAUCCGGAUAUGGACUCGAAGCAACGACCGUCUCGCGGAUGAGGUCACUUUGAAGCACUUCGAUGAGGCCAUCAAAGGCAUGGCGAUACCCAAGGAGACCAUGGGCGGAGAUUUGAAGAAUCAAGAGUUUCCUGGGCCCGAGUUCCUUCAAACCAAUACAGGCAAGAAGGACGGACAUGUACAGGUAAUCAAGAACCCCGACGGGGGGCUUGAGGCCCACAUAUGGUCUGCAGCACAAAACAAAUGGGAGUUCUACGGCGCUGUCGUCGACUCUCCGGGAAGCUCAGACAAGAAGAUCCAUCAUGGAGGCAAGGAAUGGGAUUUUGUGUUCCAAGUCGACAUCGAGGAUGGCAAGCCAACACUACCUCUGCCGUACAAUGCUGGAGAAAACCCGUAUGAUGCAGCGCGAAGGUUUUUAGAGGCAAACGAGCUACCUAUUGGGUAUUUGGAGCAGGUUGCAGCUUUCAUCGUGAGGGAGUCCAAAGGCCAGAACAUCGAGAACAUCGGCGCCGGUUCGAGCGCCGCUGCCCCAACAGAUACUACUCCAGCAGGUCCCAAGCAUACGCUCCCGGUUCGAGAAUACGUCCUGAUACCAAGCUUAAACUCGGAACCACUCGUCAAAAAGAUUCUCUCCUUGAACGCGGACCUUGUCAAGAGCGGUGACAAGGAAUUCGCCAUGAAUCCAACUCAAGUCUCAUCUCUGCAGUCCUUUGUUGCCAGCCUUCAGACUGCCUUGCAAUCAGUCUCUAGCAAGGUUUCUACUACGAAACGCGUUGAGGUUCAGAGCCCCGGAUUCAGCGUUACCCCCCAAGACUUGGACACAAUCAUCAACAUGGCAGUUAACUGGCAAUAUGCGAUGCGCUUGCCAGCCCUCGACCUUCUCCGAUGCUUGGCUGUAUUUGAGCAAGCCGUGACGUACUCACCUCGCUCCAGCCCCUCAUAUCUCGAUGCGAUACUAAGUGCCGCCUUCGAGACGCCGACUGGCGCCCCAAUCAACGAGGCUUCGGCGUUCAUGGCUAUGCGCGCCGUUGCAAAUAGCUUUGCUACUGCUCAAGGUCGCACAGCUGCGGUUGCCGUCUUCCCCCGUGUUGUUUCGAUACUCGAGGCAAUUCUCGGUAUUGAGGCUGAGCCGUUCAAGGGACCUGUGGGACCGGAGAACAGGAACCUAAAUAUUGCAGCCUCGGUGGUUAUGCACAACUACGCUGUCCUCGCAGCAGCACAACCAGGCAUCCUGCCAACCGAGGGCCUGUCUCUGCUUGUCAAUUGUAUUGGCGAGGUGCUGCAAAACAAAGCGGAAACGACGACGCUUGUACGUGCUCUCGUCGCUCUGGGGACGCUCACUCAGGUCAAGGAUCUGUCCAAGACAGUGCGAGAUCUGGGCGGCCUAGGGUGGGCUCGGUCAGCCGCCCAGAGGAGCCAGGACCCAGAAGUGAGGGAAUGGGUUGUUACGGUAGAGCAGGCGCUGGGGUGAUUUAUCCCUGCAUAAUUCCGCACAUGAUACCUGCGUACUAUAGGUAGCCGUGUCGUGGGGAACGACGGAAAUUUGGAGGCGGUGGAUGUAUGUAUUUCGCCUUUUCCUUAUGGCCAACGCCCAGCCUUGCAACUAGAGCACUUCAAAAAUAAUCGAUAAUGACGGUAGUGCAUAGAUCGAUAAAAUCGUCGACAGAUGAAGCAACAGCGAGAUUUGCGACAUAUGCAAUGGCAUAUAUCCAUUGGUGAUUGCUUUGAUGAUGAUGAUUUGAUGUUGCAUCAAAACUACUGGGGGCUGUGGGUUAGAAUCUACGCUAGAAGUCGCAUGUUUGUCGUCUUGGCUCAUGUGGUGGCCCUGAAGUGGCCUUAUUCAUAUGAUUUGACUAAUUGAAGCCUCGUAGUUACGUAUUCCCUGGCAGAAGUAAAAGUAGAGCCAACAUAGUAGACGUACAAUGGCUUGUAUAACCCUCUCGAAGUUAGACUACCUGCACUUCCUUCCUG